GUGGCCCGAGCCCAGGGUACGCCUGCUUCCCGGCUCAGGGACCGCUGGCUGCGCAGCCUCAGGAGCGAGAUCGGCAUCGCCCUGUUGGCGUUUUGGCGGGAUUGUCCCAGCUCCACAGAGACACUGCCACCACCAUGGAGGGGAUUGUGACUAUGUAUCAGGACUUCAUGAAGAAAGCAGACCCCCGCAUCGCUGAUUAUCCACUGAUGCAGUCCCCAUUCCUUGUGAUGGGCAUCCUUCUGGGAUAUGUCUACUUUGUCCUAUCCUUGGGUCCCCGGCUAAUGGCCAACAGGAAGCCUCUAAACCUGAAGAAGUUCAUGGUGCUAUACAACUUCUUUCUCGUGGGACUCUCCCUUUACAUAGUCUAUGAGUUCCUGAUGGCAGGGUGGCUCACUGGGUACACCUGGCGAUGUGACCCUGUGGACUUCUCACAGGACCCCAAGGCCCUCAGGAUGGUCAGUGUUGCUUGGCUCUUUGUUUUCUCCAAGUUCAUCGAGCUGACAGACACGGUGAUCUUUGUCCUAAGGAAGAAGAAUGAGCAGGUCACAUUCCUGCACCUUUUCCACCACUCUGUUCUGCCAUGGAGCUGGUGGUGGGGAGCCAAGUUUGGUCCAGGGGGAAUGGGCUCAUUCCAUGCCAUGAUCAAUUCCAUGGUGCAUGUUGUCAUGUAUUUCUACUAUGGGCUCUCAGCAGCAGGACCUGCCUUUCAGAAGUACCUGUGGUGGAAGAAGCACAUCACAGCCAUCCAGCUGGCACAGUUUGUGAUUGUCUCCGUUCACAUCUCCCAGUAUUACUUCAUGCCCAACUGCCAGUACCAGUUCCCCAUCUUCAUUCACCUUAUCUGGAUUUAUGGGACCAUCUUCUUCAUCCUCUUCUCCAACUUUUGGUACCAGUCCUACACCAAGGGCAAACGGUUGCCCAGGGUGGCUCCACAAGCAGCCCAGCACAACAGUAGCAGCAUCCAUGAAAAUGGCACUGUCACCAAUGGCAAGGUCAAAGCUAACUAGAGGUUAAAGUGCUCCCAGAGCCAAUGAGAGCCCCGGGGCAGAGGCAGCUGGGACCUGUCCCUCUGCUUCUGGGUGCCACAAGCCAAGUCAAGUGCCUACAGACUGUUGUACCCCUGUGCCCAGUCCUGCUGUCCCCUGUCUGCAUGCUCAGCCCCUCUGCUCUGAGCAGCCAUGGGCCACUUCUGCUCCUGGGAGGGCUUGUGCUGUUUCUUAGUGUUGCUGAGCAGAGAGGCAGCUGCCUGCAUCACAGAUGUGGGGCUGCAGUCCCAUUCCAGUGUUUCCAAAGGAACUUUCCCCAAGUGCCUACAUCUGGCUCUUCUGCCUAGGGGCCAUUUCCUUCUGACUAGGACCAAAAGAAGAGACCGCUUCCUGUCCUGGUGCCCUCUCCUCUUCCCUGUCUCACAAGAGCUUGUAUGGAUGAGCAGAUUCGUCCCUGGCUGCUUGUUACUGCCAGUUCAUGUGUGAGUGCUCCUGCUCAACAAUGCCUUGUGCCACUUUAUUCCAUGCCACAGUGCUGCAUGUUCCUUCUGGUCCCUGUGUGCCCAGCUUGGGAGUCCUGCCCUGGCAUAUCUGUGCCCAGGUGUCUGUGGGGAACGUAGGGGCAGUAUUUGUGGGACUUAAGGGCCCAGACCUGCCCAGUAUGGUACCCAUGCCCUGUGCCUAGUACAUAGCAGGGGGCUGUGACAGCCUGAAAGGCUUCCCCCAUGUGAUAAGCCCAGGUUGCCUUGCUGUUCUUGUGCCUGGAGUGGGUGCUCAGUGUAUACUUAAGCCACACUUACCUGAUCCUCUAAGGCAGCUGGUGGCUUGCUCUAUAAUGGGGGAGACCAAGCUCAGCCUAGUCUUGGACCACUUCCAUUUCUGUAAAUUCAAGACUUGAGCAAUAAGUGCCCCUAAAAUCAGCUCCUGGGCUCUCCUGCUUGGGUCCAGCCCUGCUCUGUCCUAGCCUGAGCACAGUAAAGGGUGGUUUUAAGUGUGCUCAGCUGUGGUGCAAGUGUGAGCACCUCUUGCCUCUGUGGAUCUGACUGGGCCUGUGUGAAGAUGUGCUCUGUGUCCUUCAGCAGGGCAGUGCAGCAGCUCUCCUGGCCUGGUGCCUGUCACCUGCUCUGAUUGUAACCAAAACAUGCUGAUGGCCUCGAGGAUGAGGUGAAGGAGCCAGGCCCUGUCAGAUUGGGCUGUCUUCUAUCACAAAUAAACAAACAGAAGGAGAAA